AUGCCCUUUAGGCUGCCCCGCGCGCGUCCCCUAUACCUCGGAAUCCUCUUCGGUGUAUUCAGCGCACUCGUCGCGUGCGCCGUGGCCGCCUCCGAGGUCGCGCGCGGCGCGAGAGAGCGCACGCCCGGGGAAAAACUCACGUUUACACUCGAACACUCCAUCGAUGGGAAAACGUUCACGGCGACGGGCGUCGUCCACAGCAAACUCGCGGUCGAUCGCUCGGACGCGCGAAACUUUCGAUUGAGCGCCCCAAAGGCGGAGCGUGAGAGAUUGAGCGAGAGCGACGCGGAGAAGCUGAACGCGCUCGCGAAGGCGGGCGGAACGUACCGGGUGCGCGCGCCGAGCGACUUGACGAAUUCGGAGAGCGGGAAAUGGGUCAUGGCGAGCGUGGACGCGAGAUGUUUGUUAGAUGGAGGGUUGGAAGACGUCUUGACCGUGCACGCAGACGAUCGGGGGAGGGCGUACGGGAUCGAGUACGCGACGGCGCGCGGCGGGUGCGGCGGCGAGCGAAACGGAGGCGCGGAGCAAAAGGUAAAGACGGGCGCGAUGUUUCGAACGACGGUACAGGUCAGAGUCGGUAAAGACGCACCAGGGUUGAACCCGAACGCGCCCACGGACGUUCGAGGGCACAGCGCGCCAGCGACGGGGAAACAAAAGGAGGCGGAGAAGAGGCGCGAGGCGGAGCGUCUAGCAAAGGAAAGACGCGACGGCGCGAUGCCUCCGAGCGAGAAACGAACGGAGACCUUCUUCCAGAAACAUUGGAUGAGAAUCAUGUUGAUGGCUUACGUGGCGGCGUACCUGUGCGCGCCGCAAGACGCGAACGCGCGCGCGGGGGCGCAGCGCCGCCUGGACGCGAUGAAAGCGAAGAAAAGACGAUGA